AGAUGGUUAGGUUUCUGACGACAGUAAUUCCUAAUGCUCACUUGAUAUUUUGUAUUCAUGAUCGUUGGUAGUGCAAAUGUUUGGAGAGUUUUUGAGUAAUUCAUACAUUUUCCCACAUACGGUCUCUUCAAAAUAAGUAUAUAUUGUGGCAUCAGUACACAAGCAGCAAGAGCACGCAAGAUUAGUUCACGACUUGUUGGGCUUCCAGUCUAUCACUUACAGUUCUUCUACAUGUCGAUUAAAGCUGAAAAGGAUAAAAGAUGCUGAUUUUUUGGGAGCUAUUAAGUUUAUCAUCAUGUUUGAAAACCAUCUUCUGUAUCUUGGCUACGUUUUCUAUUGCUGCUCAAACUGCCAUCUUGUCACCUGGCUCAUUAGUGCGAAAUGAUGGAAAAGAUGUCGUUUUUCAGUGGAACUCAUCACAUAGUAUUCUAGCUGUUAGAUGGGGUUUGGCGAAUUCUGGUGAAAACAAACUUAUCCAAAGAUUAAUUUAUGUUGAUAAAUAUUCAGGACCUGUCAUUAACUCUGCAGUAUCACAUUCUCCUUACAAAGGACGAGUUAGUUUUGUUGGGAAUUUAACUCUAGGAUAUGCCUGGUUUAAGAUUUCAAAUUUAACCACGGAUGACACAGGCUACUAUGGCGCAGGUAUACGAGAACAGGGUUCUUCAUGGUACAAUUUUCAGAUUGUACAUUUAACAGUUAGAGAUGUGAUCCCGCAUUUCUCCAAAGUUCCACCAAAAAUACUGUACGUCCCAGUGGGACAAGCUGCUACUCUUGAAUGGGAUUACAUCUCCAGCAAUAAAAGCUCAAACUUUGAUCCUCAGUCACCUCGUUGGGAGUUCUACAAUAGCAUUGAUGGCUGGAAAACAAUCGGUGCAGACUAUGGUACACUAGGUUGGCAAUGGAAACUUAGUUCAUCUUGUCCAGAAAGACUGCAGAAUCCUACAAGAGUGACUAAGGCUUCGGUUGCCAGCCUUGUUAUAUAUAACUUAACCACAGAAGAUAGUGGACUCUAUAGAUGUAAUCUGACUUUAAGGCAUCGACCUCCAAUAACAAAUUCAACAACACUGAUUGUCACAGCCCCACCACAUUUUAACCGGCGACCAUCGUCUUUUGUGAAUAUUCAAGAAGGACGGAAUCUGCAAAUAUCUUGUUCAGCGGUUGGCCCCCCAACGCCCAACGUCUCGUGGGUACAAGUGCAAGGGGAUUCCAAGGCUACCAUCGUCGAAGGAGUAGGAAGUGUAACACUUAUGAUUCCGAAUAUCAAAAGAGAUCAGAAUGGAACGUACGAGUGUCAGGCGGUAAACAAUCCAAAUCAAAGUCCUGUUACCACUCAAACAACAGUAAACAUUAUGUAUCCACCAAGCAUCGACCACUCAAUGUCAGACAAUGCAAUAACAUUUUUUCCUCAAGUUGUAACACGGUUACGUUGUGUAGCUAGUGGAUUUCCUAUUCCAAAUAUCACGUGGUACAACUCAAAUGAACAGCGAAUCAAAGAAAACGUGACGUCACUGGCUGGUUAUAGUGAGGUGUCAAUAUACAUCGAAAAUCAAAAAGAUUAUAAGUGCCGCGCUGAGAAUGUACUUGGAUUUAUCGAGCACGAAGUGACUGUUCGAGGCUAUGAAAACGAUGCAAUAUGUUACAAGACAAAAAUAGCAAAAGACAAAGGAGGAACUGAACUAGGUAAACCUUUUCUAAUUGCUGUUAGUGUGCUGUCAAUCAUUGCAAUCAUCUGCAUCCUGAUUACGAUUGUACUUAUCAUCAAACUACGUAGAGGUAGAAGCACAAAGAAAAGAUAUUCAUCUCAAAAGGGCGUCAUCAACAUAUCUAUGGACCCAGUCCCCCCUCUCUCGGACCAUGGCUUACCUUAUAAUACAGAGCAAGGAGAAGAGACAGCUUACGAAGAGCCUUUGGAUGAGCCCACAGUGACAGACACUAGUCAUAAUAUAAGCUAUCCAUAUGAGAUUCCCCAGAUCUCCGAUGAAAUGUAUGUUAACACAAGUGAUCCCUCAGCAGCUAGAAACUACCAGGAACUUAACACACUUGAGCAAAUAUCACGUGAUUAUCAGAAUCUGCAAGGUAUUCGGUCAACGGUUCGUAGUCCUUUAGGCUUACAGCCGGAAGUAGCCUAUGAACCCCUGAAGAAAGCGCAGCAGCCUAAGUACGAACCACUAAACUACCAAUGAUCACAUUUAUUGAACAGAGGAACUCAAGUGAAAACAUUGCUGUUGUACCAUAUUAACUUUUGAAAACCUAAGACAAGAACUUUUAUGGAAAAAAAUUUCCAACCUGCAUUUACCGAAAAAAAAAAAACAACAACAACAACAAUAGAUAUCACACAAGAGUCGAUACAUCCGAAAGCAAUGGAGAAGAGCCCAUUGGUGACUUUUACUUUUAUUAAAAUACGAGCAAAACAAUCAAAAUCAUAGAUACACAAAUAAACUGCCAAUGAAACGCUGAAAAAAAAUAGGACUGACUAUAUUAACAUCACAUUUUCAAAUAGUGUUACUAGAGCAUAGU